AUGUCAUCCUCUUGGAUCGAUCUUUUAAAUUUACAAAAACCAUUGAAAUUCAAUGAAUUUCAAGUUAAUUUCAAUCCUGAAUUAUACAAUGCUAAACCAUUACCAAGUGAUAUUCAAAAGAAGCUUGAUGAUAGAUGGAAUGAUUUAUUGAAUCAUGCUAAAUCAGGAAAAGUUCUAUUCAAUGAAUCAAAAUUUCGUUUACAUUCAGUUGAAACGAAAAUUAAUAACGAAAAUAAUUCAAUUCAAUUCAUUCUUAAUUUGGGUUUAACUGAUUAUAAAUCAUUUAUGUGUACUCAACAAGAAGAUGUACCACACGAAAUUCGUCAAUAUAUAACAGAAGAUCAUUUAGCACAUCCACUCGGUGUUUCAUGUAUUCUUAUAACAUCUGAUAAUUAUAUUGUUUUAAUUAAACGAAGUUCUGCUUGUGCUGAUCUACCAAACACGUAUGAUUUACCUGGUGGCCAUCCUGAACCAAAGAAUUUAAAAAUAUAUACUAAUGAAAAUAUAAUUAAAGAAAUUAUCUCAUCAACUAUUGCUGAAUGUGUUAAUGAAACCAAUGUUGAUAGAAAUAGUCUUCUUAUUGAUUCAGAUUUUUAUAUUGUUAUUAUUAUGCGAAGCCAAAAACGUUAUGGUCGACCAGUUUUUGACUUUUGCCUUAGAACAACAUUGACAUCAAGUGAAUUACAACAACGUUAUAAUUCACAAACACACAAUGAAGCAUUUGAAACAAGUGAGCUAAAAUUUUGGCCCAGUGACAAAAUUUCUGAUCUUUUAGAUCUUUCAAAUAUAUCAAUACCAAUCACCCCAUCAUGUCAUGCUGCUUUAACUACAUAUGUGCGUUUAUUUUGUUAG